AUGGUUGGGAGAGCAGGGGAAGCAUUCAAAGUUUCAGAUUUUAACGACAUAAUGGACCUCAUUAAACUCACGGAUUGGAGAUGCUGGCAUUAUUUGGAAAAAAUCGAGAAGAAGCUUUGGACACGUUCACAUUUCGAAGGGGAGAGAUUCAACGUGAUGACUUCUAACGCUGCUGAAUCAUUGAAUAAAGCUCUUCUGCCGGCUCGUGAUAGUCCUAUAAUGGCAUUGCUAAAGUUUAUUCGGCAGAAGCUGUGUACAUGGUAUGAGAGCAGACGCGGCGAGAUCAGUAAGAUGAAGGGAAAUGUUCCAGAUCACAUUGAGAAAAUACUGGUUGAACAGCUAGUGCUGUCAACGUGCCUUCUAGUUUUGCCAUGUUCCACUUGGGUAUUCGAAGUUACGCACAAGCCAACUGGAUUUGGUUUCACGGUUGAUCUGGAUAAACGAACUUGCACUUGCCUCGAGUUCCAAAAGCUUGGUUUUCCAUGCCGACAUGCCAUUGCUGCUGCUUCUGUCCGUAAUAUGCAGUACAACAUGUUUGUUUGCAAACACCGUGUCAAAGAAACAUGGGCUGAAACAGUUAGGGGUAUCAUACUUCCGGUUUCCGGAUCGAAAAGAUGUUCAAGUGCCAGCAGAAAUACUAAAGGUUGA